AUGCACACCUUUAUAUGUUGUGUUUCGAUCUACCAGGCGUGGGCAGUGUAUAAGGGGAAGUAUCGAGAGGGGAGGGACAAGGCAGACCCCACUUCCUGGAAGACUCGUCUCCGCUGUGCCCUCAACAAGAGCACAGACUUCCAGGAGGUCCCAGAGCACAGCCAGCUGGACGUCUCCGAGCCCUACAAGCCCUACUGCAUCCAGGCAGAGACAGAGACAGAGACAGGCAGAGACUCAGAAUCUCUUCAGACUGAGAGUCAGGUGAUAAUCCAGACCGUGAGCUCCAGUGCUCACCUGAGGAACACCGUCACACACCAUCCACAGUUUGGCUGCCAUAGGGAAUCAGAGGCAAGGGAUGGAAGAGUCAACCCCAGUGGGGGUUUGGACCAUGUGUACUACUGUUCCAACACAGGAACUCCCCAGAUGGACAGCUCUGCUCCCUUUUCCAUAUUCAGCCCCACAUUACAGAUCUCUGACUUCCGUGUGCGGGUGUGUCUGUUCUACCAGGACCAGCUGGUAGUGGAUGUGACCACCAGCACCCCAGAUGGCUGUUUCAUCCUGCAGGGUCAGGUGCCCCUGGGGAACGAGAGGAUCUAUGGCCCCUGCACAGCCCAACAGGUUCCCUUCCCCCCUCCAGGGGUCAUCCACCUGCCCCCCUGUAUCGCUGAGGCCAUGGGCCACCUGCUGCCCCACCUGCAGAGGGGCAUCCUGGUGUGGGUGGCUCCAGAUGGGGUGUUUAUCAAGAGGUUCUGCCAGGGCAGGGUGUACUGGAGUGGCCCUCUGGCCCAGCACACAGACAGGCCCAACAAGCUGAACAGAGAGAGGACCUGCAAGCUGCUGAAUACACCUAUAUUUCUGAAGGAGCUCCACGACUAUCUCAAGGGGGCGGGACCCAAACCUCGCUAUGAGAUUGACCUCUGCUUUGGGGAGGAGUUUCCUGACGCGAGCCCCCUGAAAACCAGGAAUCUGAUCAUUGCACAGGUCGUGCCCCUGUUUGCUGUCGACCUACUGCAGAGGUGCCAGAGGGUGGGGCCAUAGGAGAGACCACGCCUUCACACACACAUCACCAUGGGGGAGGAGGAAAAGGGUCAGUCACACCCCCUCCCCCAGCGCUGAGGAGACCAGGACCCCUUUCUGAGUAACCCCUUAGUAACAUCCCUCCCUGGUACCCCCCUCCUGUACCAGCCUAGCCAGCCAUGAUAAUGGGUGAGUCGAGUCUCGAGACACCCAAAGAGUGUCAUUGUAGGCUUACUGUAUGCCCUGUAGAAAGCACCAUAUACCUCAACCUUAGGAGCACAAAGAACAAGACAACACAAGACAGAAAGGAGAAAGUAUGCUUGGAACAGAUAUCUCCCGCAUAGGCUGUGUUUACACAGG